CAACUUCGAAUUACUGUUUUAUUCGCCGCCAUUUUCAGUUUAAAAUUAGUCUCAGUUCUACAUCUUAGCAUUUGCGUGACGCCUCAGCCGGUGCACGUUAGAAAUGCAGCCACAGAUUAACUACAAAUGACGUCCCUUGUCAGGUUCAUCAUACCGUAUAUCAGUGUAGUCAGUAUAACUGUCAAACAUUUUUACAGAAUGCCAAAAGUGGGUAUAAACGGUUUCGGAAGAAUCGGGAGAUUAUUUCUAAGGGCGGCUCUAGCGAAAAACGUAGACGUUGUAGCCAUAAAUGAGCCGUUCGCAGACACAAAAUACGUCGCAUAUCUUUUUAAGCAUGACUCUACACAUGGAAGGUUUUAUGGAAACGUAUGUCCAGAAGAUAAGUGCCUCACUAUCGACAAAAAGAAAAUAUCAGUAUUUCAGGAAAAAGAACCUAGCAAGAUUCCAUGGAAACAAGCAGGUGUAGACUACAUUAUAGAGUCAUCUGGAGUAUUCACUACUAUUGAGAAGGCAUCACAACUGUUAAAAGGAGGAGCGAAAAAAGUGAUUAUCUCCGCACCAUCUAAAGAUGCGCCUAUGUACGUUUGUGGCGUCAACUUGGAUAAGUUCGAUCCUAAAUAUAAGGUGGUCUCCAUGGCAUCGUGCACGACGAACUGUCUCGCGCCAUUGGCCAAGGUCAUCCACGACAAUUUCGGCAUCGCAGAAGGCCUCAUGACCACAGUGCAUGCGGUGACCUUGUCGCAGAAGGUCAUCGAUGGUAUGGCGAAGAAAGCGUGGCGAGACGGUAGAUCGGCGAUGUGCAACAUCAUUCCUGCAUCUACGGGAGCUGCCAGAGCCGUGGGCAUGGUCAUACCUGAGCUGCAGGGAAAACUUACUGGAAUGGCCUUUCGUGUACCCGUACCAACCGCUUCAGUGGUUGAUCUCACCAUCCGAAUUUGCAAACCAACCGACUACGAAAAGAUCAAAUGUGCAGUCAAAGAGGCCGCGGAAGGCUCAAUGUGCGGCAUUUUGGGUUACACCGAGGAAGAUAUCGUAUCCACAGACAUCAUCGGAAGUCCCUACUCCUCCAUAUUCGACGCGAACGCUGGUAUUAUGCUGAACGAGAAUUUUGUCAAACUAAUCAGUUGGUAUGACAACGAGGCGGGGUACGCGAACAGACUUGCAGACUUUGUGCAGUUUGUCAAAAAGAAAGAUGAUGAAAGCGCUUGUGCCCCAAAGAAACCCGAGUGCCCUCCUAAACCUCCAGAUUGUGGCAAGAAGUGAUGGGGCUUCAGUAAGGUUUUAAUAAUGUACAGAAUGGAGACCGGGUUAUAUGAAGAGCGAGUCAGUAAUACUUCGCUGUCAUUACGUAAAACGAAAAGAUCAGCGAUAUUAAAGCCGACAUUAUUUACUGCAUAAGUACCAAUCUGGGCAUUCUGCUGCAGGAACUACACGUAACAUAUGCCAAAAGAGAGAAAAUACAAGAUCUCCAUUUAAAAAUGCACGGAAAUGAGGAUGAAUAAUAAGAUAAUAAGAAUAAGACGAUGAUUAUUAUGAUGAUAAUAAUAAUGUUGAUGAUGAGAUAGAAGAGGACAAAGUAUGAAAUGAAGACGGGCAGAAAUGAAGAAGAGAAAAUGAAUUUCUUAGAUGUCAAUAUAUGUAAUCACAUAUUAUUCAAUAAAGAUCCUCUACCUUCUUUGAAAA